ACACUACACUGCAAGCUCAUUCAUCAUCAUUCAGGGUUCCGUUUCUUCCCUUAUCUGUUCUAAAAGCUCUGUCCUAUAUGGCUUCGUCCAAAGUUGUAGUCUUUGUCUCGCAGAGUUGUCCCAGUUUCAUCGACAUCUUGCGCUGUGGGUGCCACUAUGUGGUCGUACGUUCAAUAUCGAAGGAUUGGGAAACAUGCCACGGAGGAAAUAAGGAAGACGUCUCGCAUGGCUAGCGACCACAGUAGUCACGCCGUGGAAGACCUUUUGGCCGUCGCAAGAGGGAGGGCACCGUUAUCCGGUGGCCUUUCUGCAUUGCCGUUAGAGGGCGGUAGGUCCUCGGCCAAUCGAGAACAGCACGAUAGAAGGAAAAAGUCAAGCAACAAGAUCACGGUGCGCAUCUCUGGAGAAGACGACCCUCUUGACCCGCGCAAUUGGUCACUACUGUCAAGAUGCAAGAACAUUGCCAUCUUGUCCCUCUUGAUCUUUGUCCAGGCAUGGGCUGGCGCUGCCGGGUCUAUAGCGAAUACAGCAGCCAGCCAGGAGUUCCAUGUUGGAAAAGUCGCAGAGAACCUAUCAACUGCCAUGUAUCUUUUUGGUAUCGGCUCUGGCUCGCUCUUUGUGGGCCCCCUGGCAGAAACGGUUGGAAGAAAUCCAACGUAUCUUGUGGCAACAUUUGUAUACCUCUUGUUUGUCCUUGGGUCGGCCUUGACUCCCACAUUUGGUGGGCAAGUCUUCUGCCGCUAUUGUGUUGGUCUCUUCUCUAGCGCAACAUUGGCCAUCAAUGGCUCGAGCGUAAGAGAUCAGUUUCGUCCUGUUAAAAGAGCCUUCGUAUUCCCGGUUAUUGCCUGGGCUAACGUUGCAGCUCCUGUUAUAUCACCUAUCGUAGGUGGCUGGAUAUUAUCAAACAACCAGCUGGGUUGGCGUUGGACCGAGUGGGUAACAUUAAUCAUCUCCAGCGGAGCGUUCCUUAUUGCGCUCUUGUUUUUACCGGAAACCUAUCUUCCAAUUCUUCUCGACUGGAAAGCAAAGCACCUUCGCCGUGUGACUGGAGAUUCACGAUACGUUUCGGAGCACUCUGAGUCAGCCUCGUAUGUCAAUAGAAUGAAACACAUCAUCAGACUUCCUGUUACAUUCUUUAGGACGGAACCAGUUGUUGCCGUAUUUGGAGGAUACCUUGUUCUUCUUUACACCCUCCUGUUCACUUUUCUUUCGGGUUUCGACUACAUCUUUAAACAAACCUAUCAAUUGUCUACGAGUCUCACCGGUGCAUGCUUUGCCGCCAUUGCAGCUGGCUCAACAGCUUUUACACUCUGCGCACCUGGGUUAUAUAGCUGGGCGCGUAGGAAGACGGAAUAUGUCCACAGAUCCUCCAUAAAACCCGAGUUUAGACUGUGGCCCGCGAUCUUGACCGCGCCGUUGCUUCCCAUUUCUCUUUUUUGGCUCGGCUGGGCCAGUAACCCGACCAUAUCGAUCUGGUGUGGUCUCGCGGCUUGCUUCGUAUUUGGCGUGGUGAUCAUAGCAAUCUAUGUCAGUACCUAUGAGUACAUUAUUGAUAGCUAUGGCAACCAUUCAGCGAUAGCUCUUGCGAGCAUUACUAUGGUGCGCUACUUGAUUGCAGGUGGUAUGGUCAUAGCAGCACGUCCCAUGUAUGAAGGGAUUGGCGUGCAUUGGACAUUGACUUUCCUAGGUUGUAUCGCGGUGAUAUUGGCCCCCGCACCACUUAUUUUCUGGCGAUAUGGUGCGAAGCUUAGGGAAAAGAGUUCGUACGCAAAGGGAGAUGCAGAGGAUACAUAGCAG